AAAGUGAAUGCUGUCUGUGUUACAGGAAGUGAGAAGCACAAACUGCAGGUGGUUCCCCAGGAAGAACAUGAUGAUCCAAUUCUUCAAGACUUGGCAUCGAUUGUGGAGAAAGUCACUGGUGUACCCCUUGCAUCACAGAGACUCAUUUACAAAGGAAAAUCCCUUAAGGAGAUGGAACAGACUUUAUCAGCCCUAGGGGUACAAAAUGGUUGUAAAAUAAUGCUGAUUGGGAAGAAGAACUGCCCAGAAGAGGAGUCAGAAUUAAAGAAACUAAAAGAUUUGGAAAAAUCAGUUGAACAAAUAGCAAGUAAAUUGGAAGAUGUUAACAAAGAGCUCUCAGGAAUUCAGAAGGGGUUUCUUAGUAAGAAUCUUCAAGCAGAAGCACUUGGUAAACUUGAUAAAAGAAUAAAGACAUCUGUUGAACAAUUUAUGAAGGUACUGGAACAGGUUGAUUCUAUGGCAAUGCCAGAAAAUUUUAAUGACUGUAGAAUGAAGAGGAAGGCAUUAGUGAAAAAAGUGCAGGGACUCUUGGCUCAGUGUGACACAAUGGAAGGAAACAUCAGUCAAGAAAUUGACAAGCUGCACUCUAAGAAUUUGGCUCUGGCAAAGUAG